AAACUCGAGCAAGCAAAAACUCACAUAUUUCCAGACUUAGUCGCACUCUUGGAAGCUUUUAUCGCACCUGGUUAGGCUAAACAUCCGAUAAGUAUACCUAUACACGCGCAGUGUGAAUAUGAAAUCAUUGCUAAUUCGUUUCUUAAAUCAAAAUGACCCAGUUACUAAGUGAAUAAGGUCGAAUUCAUCAUUUGGGAUCCUGUAGUUUUUGUUGUGUGAGGUUGAACUUUCUGUCAGUGUCAAUGGAGACGAAAAAGAAUUUUUGCUCGUGCAGACUUGCGGCCCAUCAAGAAUCGGGAAGAGUAAGAUGGUGUGUGGGCCAUGAAAAAGACUGGCAAAUUAAACUCAAACGAAUGGUUUUUGUACCCAUCAUUCUUCUCCCCAUUGUCAUUUUUAUCGUUUUUCUUACACGAUACACCGCUGUUGCAAGUGGCAACGACAAAAAUAUUAUCUCAAUGAAAAAAUUUGACGAAACCGAACUUUUAGAAGAUGAAGAUCGGAGAGACCUCCUCAAAGACGCCAGAACGUCAUAUGCGCCAGAAAUUCUAAAUAACAACACUGACAUUAAAAGAAGACAAAAAAGAGAAGUUACUUUACACCAAGAAAAUUUCACUGAUUAUGAGGAAUUACGUAAUGACACAGAUCUAGAAUAUUACAAACAUUUAGAAAGCAAAACAUUACAGUGGACAUUAUCUCUUCCGCUUGAUCAGGAUGGCAAUGAAUUAUUUGAAACUGAUCAAAGCCAAACUACCCCACCUUACCUUAAUAAUUCGGAUGCAUUAUUUUGGAACAGUCGAUUAAAUUAUGAAGAAAUCAGAGAAUUGCAAGCUUCAACUAUGAGAAAAUACAUGAACGAAUCGGCUGAUCCUUGUGAAGAUUUCUACGAGUAUGCUUGUGGUAAUUGGAAUAAAUAUCACACAAUUCCGGCCGAUAGAACGUCAUAUGAUACUUUUGAGAUGUUGCGCGAGAACUUGGAUAUUGUUUUGAGAAAUCUUUUAUCCGAAGCAAUGGAUGAGGAAUACUAUUUCACAAACACCACCUUCAACCGAACUAUGGGGGCUGUAGACAAGGCUCGAUUUUUUUACAGAUCAUGCAUGAACGAAGAAAGGCUGGAAUCGAGGGGUGAAAAGCCGCUGAUAAAAUUACUGGAUGAAUUAGGAGGGUGGCCGAUUAUUCAGUCAGAUUGGGACGAUACAAAUUUUAAACUCGAGGAAUUAAUGGCAAAUUUAAAAUUGUACAAUAAUGAUAUUUUGAUAACUGAAUGGAUUGGGCCGGAUAUAAUUAACUCGAAAAAUUACAUUAUCCAGAUUGAUCAGACGACAUUAGGUUUACCUGGAAGAAGCUAUUUCCUAGAUCCCUCCUAUUCAAAAUAUCUUCGUGCGUAUAAAGUUUUUAUCCUUGCUGUGGCCUCCAUUUUAGGGGCACCGCUAAAUGAGGCGAUACAGGAUGUCAACGAUGUGAUCACUUUUGAAACAAAAUUAGCAAAUAUAAUGGUCCCUAGUGAAAACAGGCGAAAUGUCACAGAUUUAUACCUCAAAACUAGUAUUGGAGCUUUGCAAAAAAUUUUCCCGCAAUUUGAUUGGGUGCACUACUUUAGCAUCGUUUUAGGAAAAGAGGUCGACUUAGAAGAACCAAUUGCGUGCUACUGUAUGGAUUUUUUACACAAAUUGUUUGAUAUUAUAGCACACACACCACCACGAACAAUUUCAAAUUAUCUUAUUUGGAGAUUUGUGCGACACCGAACUAAUAAUCUAGAUAAAAGAUUUCUAAUGGCGAAGCAAAGGUUCUAUCACGUCCUGUUUGGACGGGAAAAAUCGCCCCCUCGGUGGCAGUUUUGCGUUUCCCAAGUCAACUCCAACAUGGGAAUGGCCCUCGGGAGUUUAUUCGUAAAAAAAUACUUUGACGAAAAUAGCAAAAACGAUACUUUGGAAAUGACAAAACGAUUGCAAGAAGCCUUCCGAUUAAUCCUCAAAGAAAAUAAAUGGUUAGGCGAUGACACCAAAGACUACGCUCGGAUGAAAAUCGAUAAAAUGAACCUGAAAAUCGGUUACCCCGAUUUUCUCCUAGACCAAGACGAGUUGAGUGAAAAAUACUACGAUGUUGAUGCGCACCCACAGUAUUUUUUCGAAAACACUUUGAGUAUUUUGAGGCAUUUGACCAGAAUUGAGCAAAAGAAAAUUGGGACCGAAGUUAAUAAGACGACGUGGGGAACGGCUCCGGCGGUUGUCAAUGCUUAUUACAGCAGGAAUAAAAACCAAAUUAUUUUUCCGGCUGGGAUUUUACAACCACCGUUUUACCACAAACACUUCCCUAAGUCGCUGAAUUUUGGCGGAAUCGGCGUGGUGAUAGGGCACGAAAUAACGCACGGAUUUGACGACAAGGGCCGGUUGUUUGACCACUAUGGAAAUCUCCAACAGUGGUGGAAGGAAGACUCCAUUUAUAAUUUUCAUCAACGAGCAAAAUGCAUGAUUGAUCAAUAUAAUUCGUACAUUAUUCCUGAUGUGGACACUUACAUGGACGGGUUUAUUACACAGGGCGAAAAUAUCGCCGAUAAUGGAGGAUUAAAACAAGCUUUUAAGGCUUAUGAAAUGUGGCUAAAACAAAAUCCUGACGUCGAUGAAACCCUUCCAGGAAUUAAUUUAACAGGACGACAAUUGUUUUUCCUCAAUUUUGCCCAAGUGUGGUGUGGUAAACAAAGGAUUGAUACGGUGAAAAGUCGAUUAAAGGUUGCCGUUCACGCUCCUGGCAUAUUCAGAGUUAUUGGUUCCCUCAGCAAUUCUGAGGAUUUUGCAAAAAUUUACAACUGCCCCCCCGACAGUGGGAUGAAUCCAUCCGAAAAAUGUAGCUUAUGGUAAAAUAUAAUAUAAAAUAAUAAUGUUUUAAUCAGGAAGUGAAGUAACUAGUCAAUAUUUUGUUAUACAUUUAAUAUUUUUUUGUAUAAAAUAGGCAAUACACUUAUUUCAAUUGAA